AUGGGGACAUAUCUAGGUAUACCAGAGAGUCUAGGGGGAGCUAAGACAAAGAUUUUUAGUUUCCUGAUAGACAGACAGCAAAAGAGAAUAAAUGGAUGGAACUCAAAGUGGCUGUCAAAAUGGGGUAAAGAGGUUCUUAUAAAGUAUGUUGUCUCGGCGAUGCCUAUGCACGUGAUUUCCUGUUUUCGUCUACCAAAAGGUGUUACGAACAAAUUGUCUAGUGCGGUAUCAAAUUUCUGGUGGAGUAAUAAUGGGCAAACACGAGGGAUGCAUUGGUUGGCUUGGAAGAAACUCUGUAAACAUAAGAAUGAUGGUGGUUUGGGUUUUCGUGUUCUUGAGGAUUUCAACACGGCGCUAUUGGCAAAACAACUCUGGCGUUUGAUGGAAAAUCCAGAAUCAUUAUUCUCACGGGUCUUUAAAGGACGUUAUUAUCGGAAUGCUACUCCUUUGGACCCCAUCAAAUCCUACUCUCCUUCCUACGGAUGGCAGAGUAUAGUGUCGGCUCGACCUCUGGUUAACAAAGGGCUUAUUAAAAGAGUUGGUUCGGGGAUCUCUAUUUCAGUUUGGGAUGAUCCUUGGAUUCCAGCGUCUCGCCCGAGGUCAGCUAAGGGAAACGGGAUAAAUUUUUACCUGCAUCUCCGGGUGCGGGAUUUAAUGACUCCCGGAAGACCAACGUGGAAUCUUCCACUAUUGAAUCAACUUUUUGAUAAUAGGGAUGUAUCUCUAAUCAUGGGGAUUCCGACCUCACAUUUGGACAGACCGGACUCUAUGGGAUGGUUUUAUACAAAGACGGGACGGUACACAGUUAAAUCUGGGGUGUAUUUCAGUGGGAGAACGCUUACGCAGCCGAGGUCUACAGAUAGACCCACAAUGCAUGAGAUGCGGCAUGGCUCCGGAAACGAUUAA